AUGCCGGUCGAUAUAAAGUCGAGUAAAAAACCUUCCACAACUUCAAGUGCGAAGGGAACACAUGGAAGUCAAAAGUCAAGUUCCAAAGCGAAAGAUCUGCACUACAAAUUCGACGUUAAGAAAGGUGAAGUACUUGCAAUACCAACCUUAGCCAUACCGUACUAUCCGAAAUAUGACAAUGCGACGGACAGUUCUAGCGAAUACUCAGAGCCUCCAGAAGAAGUAUCCGAAUUCCCUGGCUCAAACUUUCAAUACAAAGCAGAACGAACAAGAAAAAGUCUUCUUGCCUCAGGAUAUGACAUCGAUGGACGCAUGCUAUGUGAAGAUGUAUUAUUUAGUGAACCAGAUCAGGCAGCAGCAUUCACACCAAUGGUAAUGUGCGAGAAACCUGUGGAAAUCGAGUGUAUCUGUCUCUGGGAUUUUUUCGGUGGAGAUACUUGUCUAGAUGUUAACUGUUGGGCAGGAACUGAGCUUAACGUUAUAGCGGAAGAGUAUCAGGUUCGCUCUUUAUCGGCAAAUGCAUACCUUCGACCUCCGUUGCGAUGGAGUUUAGUACGAAAUGUCGGAGACCACUCACGAUCAACGUUCGGAUUGAUACCUAGCUGUUGGCUGGUUUCAAAGAAAUUCCUUGAAGAAAAUCAUGCUCUUUUCUCUCCGCCAUUAUGGUACUUAGGAAUUUGUGACGUUGACGUUGCUUAUCGUCAUCUAAUGCGUGAUCGCUCUGCGCAACGUCCUGGAGUUUUUGUAAUAUUCUCACCUGUUUGUAUGAAUCCGGAUCCAACUGAAUACCGUCCAUUCCUGCUUAUGUUUCUUUGUGAAAAAGAUCCCAGUUAUAAAAAAAUCGGAGAACGAGUUGUCGACAGAGAGCGUCGUGAUUGGCUAGCCACCGCAAUUCAUUGUAUGGGCCUGUUAUACGUUCGUAAACUUCAAACGAUUCUGAGUCGAAGUGAACGUCGUGACUCAUCCCAAGCGGAUUGA